AUCUUUUGAAGGGUGACAUAGAAAAAGUUAAACUGAAGAAGCUCCCCUUCCGCAUAUUUUACGCGCGAAUCGAAGAGGGUGAACCGGAAAUCAACCUCAUUAUAUAAAACUCCAUUCCAGUGUUAUGAUCACAAUCGGAUUAUAAAGACGUAUUAGUUGAAAAAUGAAACUACCAUUAUCAACACUAUCAAUUUAUCUAUUUUCUUUCCUCUAUACCGUUUGUCGCUUCUUCUACUGGUUUCUAUAGCAACCCACGAAUUUGAAAUAAUUGUCAAAAUGGCUAAGAAGGGUCAGCAAGUACAGCUUCAAGCUGAAUUAACCACUGAAGAAGAAUGGGAGAAGUUCUUAUCGAAAGAUGGACUUCUUCUAAUCGAUAUUUACUCAGAUUGGUGCGGUCCAUGCUCUGGAAUGGCGGCUAAUUUGAAGAAAAUAAAACUGGAAUUCGGUGGAGAUUUGCUACUCUUAGCAAUUGCAAAAAAUGAUCACAUCAAGCAAUUGGAAAGAUUCCGAGGAAGAAGUGAACCUACCUGGUUAUUCGUUUCGAAAGGAAAAAAAGUUAAUAUGUUGUUUGGAUGCAAUGCUCCACUUCUAAAACGCGUUAUUUUGGAAGAAAUCAAGAAAGAAGAACAGGCAGCGAGCGGAGAAAAACAAAGAGAUCGCUAUUCAGAAAUUACUGAUCUGGAGGAGAUAGAAAUCCAGAGACAGGCAGCAAUUGAUGCUGUAAUACAAGCAGCCAAAGAAAAAGAGGAAGCAAAGAGAAUCAAAGAAUAUGAAGAAAGAAAAAUUGCUGAAUGUAAUAAUAUUCUUGAAAAUUUGCCCAACAUUGGUACAAUAUUGAUAUUCCCAUGUGGAAGAGAUAAAUACCAUGACGUUUUGAAUGAACUAAUGAAAGAAGCAAGCCUUAUUACAACUCAAACUGAGAAAAUAAAAAUGACCAGAGAGCUAAUAGACGAAAUAUUCUUUUUCUGUGAAGAAAAAUUGUCUUUGAAAACCAUUGAAGAUACUUUGAGUGGUAAAAUAACCAUAGCAAUGAUAGUUAGAAGAAAUGGAGAUCUGCCGGGUGAAAUAGACGAUAUCGUUCUUCAACUAGUUUAUGGAAAUAGUAGGAAAAUGCCCGGAGACGAACAUUCACCUUGCCACCAAUUGACAUUUAAAAAAAACAACGAUGAUGAUGUGGAUAGUAUUACAGGAAUAUGGGCUCCACCGGAUAAAUUGACAAGAUCUUUAGUUCUUAAAUACCUUUUUCCUAAUAUUACGGCACCUUAUAAAUUUCCGGAUGUUGAACCAACUCCUUUUUAUAUAGCGGUAGCUUACGACGCUUUCAAAACUAAAGAAGUCAUGGAACUGUCAGAUCUUUACCCGGGACAAGUUAUGAUGUAUGGAUUUUUCGAUGACGAUAAGCCUGAAACGGCAACUUUAAUUUCAAAAACGGUAACAGAAUUUGAAGAGAGGACCACCCCGACUACAUAUUUCAGCGAGGAAAAAAUCAUCAUUCAGUUGGCUAAAACCAAUCCAGAAUGUCUACUAGCAUUCACAGAAUUAGGACCGACUUACAUGAGCGCAGAUGCGGAGAAAGGCGAAAUCGAUUGCAAAUACUUCUUCCCCGAUGGCUACAAUGUACCAAAAGAAGUAAUACAUGAAGUGAAGAAGAAAUUUAAGAAAAAGAAAAACAAAGCAGCAGCAGUAAACCAAGAAGAAAAUACAUCAGUAGCUACUAGUGACUUGGUGAAGGAACAAGAAGAGCUAGAGCAUGAAGAUGAAGAGGGUAACAGUGAAGAAGAGAAAAUUGAAUGUGAUAUACUACCGGAAGAGCAUUAUGAACAAGAGCUCGUAGAAGAUGGCAAUUUAAGUGCUAGGAGUAUUAGAGAAGCUGAUAAGGCAACGUCUCCUAUAGCCGAUAGUUGUUUAUAGAAGUAAAUAAUUUUAAAUACAAGGCAUAAAGUGAAAAUUUCUUAAUAAUUGAUUAUUAAUUUGAAAAAAUUGUUAUGAGUACUGUCAGAAAAUUACUGAAAAUAAAAAAUGUUAAUGGAAAAA